ACAGCAGUCUGAUGGUGUGGUGAUUUUGAGUUUAGCACCCGUCACGUUGAAACCUUCAGAAAGAAGUACUGAAAAAGAAAUAAUAAAUAAUACAUUUGGACGCAUGGCUGGGAAAAUGCCAUGACAAAGGAAAGGGAAGUUAUUAGGAAUUUUAAAUAAACUGAAGGCUUGCAGCACAAUUAAGAGAGACCAGUUUACCAGCAACAUAAGGUUUUAAAGCUGUAGGAACAACACGGGAGCGAACAUAUACUGUACACGGAAAUUAGUAGGGGCUAUUUGUACAAGAAAUAUAAAGAAGGAAAGUAAAAUAGACGUGCUCAUCAUAUGUCAGGGACCAGGAAGUGUGGCAUCCGGACAGGAGGAUAUUUAACUCUGGCCAAGAGAAAUUAUAAUUACAAUCCGUUGUCUUUCACUUAUUUUUGGCUUCCGAUCGACAGCAAUUAUUGAGAUUUGAUUGUGUGGUACUGCCAUGGCAGGGGAAAACGGGGAAAGCAGCACAUCUUGGAAAAAACAAGCUGAUGACAUCAAGAAGAUUUUCGAAUUUAAAGAAAUUCUCGGAACGGGUGCAUUUUCUGAGGUCGUUCUGGCACAAAAUAAAGCCACUGGAAAGCUUUAUGCAGUUAAGUGUGUUCCAAAGAAAGCACUAAAGGGCAAGGAGAGCAGCAUAGAAAAUGAAAUUGCAGUUCUCAGACGAAUCAAGCAUGAAAACAUUGUUGCUCUAGAAGAUAUUUAUGAGACUCCUAACCACCUCUACCUGGUUAUGCAACUGGUUUCUGGAGGGGAACUCUUUGAUCGGAUAGUAGAGAAAGGCUUUUACACAGAGAAAGAUGCUAGCACCCUGAUACGGCAGGUCUUGGACGCUGUGUAUUAUCUUCACAAAAUGGGCAUUGUGCACCGAGAUCUCAAGCCAGAAAAUUUGUUGUAUUACAGUCCACAUGAAGAAUCAAAAAUCAUGAUCAGUGAUUUUGGAUUAUCAAAAAUGGAAGGAACUGGUGAUGUCAUGUCAACAGCAUGUGGAACCCCUGGUUAUGUUGCUCCUGAAGUACUAGCCCAGAAACCUUACAGCAAAGCAGUGGAUUGCUGGUCAAUUGGUGUCAUUGCUUAUAUUUUGCUGUGUGGGUAUCCUCCCUUUUAUGAUGAAAAUGACUCCAAACUCUUUGAACAGAUUUUGAAGGCAGAGUAUGAAUUUGAUUCUCCAUAUUGGGAUGACAUUUCAGACUCUGCAAAAGAUUUCAUAGCACGGUUGAUGGAGAAAGACCCUGCAAAAAGAUAUACUUGUGAUCAGGCAUUGCGGCAUCCAUGGAUUGCUGGAGACACGGCCUUGAGUAAGAACAUCCAUGAAUCUGUCAGUGCACAAAUUAGGAAAAACUUUGCAAAAAGCAAGUGGAGACAAGCAUUUAAUGCUACUGCUGUUGUUAGACAUAUGAGAAGAUUGCACCUUGGAAGCAGCCAAGAUGGAUCGAAUGCAAACACACAGAAUAACUCUAAGCCAUGCAACCUGCCAAGGCAAGAUGGGAAAUCUCACAAAGACUGUACAUCUACAAACACUUCCUGCAGCUUAGCUUCGGCAGUUUCUUCUUCAGCUGGAUCUGCAGUAGCACCAGAACAGAGACCGAGGCCUACUACUGUAACCACAGUGCAUACUGGGAGCAAGUGACUAACUACCUAAACAGAGACUGGGAAAAGUACAUCCUGGUGGUGUUCCCAGAGCUCUCUAAGCACUUUGACCCUGCAUUGUGCACUCAAGUUUGGGAGAACUAAAAUCAAGGAAACAUUUUUAUGGCCAUAUUUUAUACUGCAACUCUAAAGUAACUCAUGUACUAUGGAUUGUAUUGACUCCAUUAUGUAUCACAUGCUAAUGGAUUUUAAAGUAUCCAGUGCUAUGUAUAUGAGUCUAGCAAAGCUCUAACUGCUGGACAUUGAUUUUGAGUAAUUUUACAGCAUUUUUUUGCAAAAUAAGUAUCUAUGAUUGUAUUUUUCCAUGAUAUAUAGUUUUAACUAGGUUGUUUAAUUCAGUAUAAUUUCUGUAUUUUUUCUUAUGUUAAUAAGUACUUCCUUAAAAUGAUAAACAUUGCUAAGCCCUGUGCGUGGAGUAAUCUGUUGAGCCCAUCACAUGGAGCUUUAUCCUGUUUUAUUGCAAUUGUUCGCAAAUAGUGUUUUGGGGAUUGUUCAAAGGUAUACAAUAUUUUUCAGUAUUUUUACAUGCCACUACAGUACUAGAAAGUAUGUUCCCUAUCCCAUAGUAGUAAAAUGCUGCUAAGUUCUACUACUUAUAAGGACUAGAGUUUUGUUUGGCAUAGGAAUACAUUAAACUUUUAUUAUUCAACACAAAGAAGCUGGCACUCAGCUACCAGUCAAAUGUGACUAGUUUUCAUGGCCUUUUAUUUUUAUCUAAUUUGAGUCAUUCUACAUAGUAACACCAUAAAACACAUUAUAUAUUUUUUCUUUUCUUACUAACUCCUACUUAAAGUGGCAUAUCCUGAGAUUUUGGUUCAGAAAGACAAAGAAAACCUAUCUGAAAAAUGUUGCCAGUAUUCCCUGUUCUUGCAUAUGAUUGUCAUUUUGUAAGAACCGCGAGCUCUGCAAGGAAUAACUUGUUAAUCAUUAUAAUAAUGUUAAAACAAUACUUUAGUUUAAAUUAUACACUAGUUUGGAGGAUCUCUUGGCAACACAAGCCACUGUUCUUGUUGUGAGAAAAAGCCUUGCCUUUUAGUUUCUCUCCUCUCCUCUCCUCUCCUCUCCUCUCCUCUCCUCUCCUCUUCUCUCUCU